UUAGGCUAAAGUUUAGGCAGUUGUGCUCUGUUACAAAAUAUGACCAUGACAGAGAGAGACGAGCCUUUGACGCCGGCCGGCCGAUUAUUCGUCCAGCCGGGGAUGGACCAAAUCAUCAAUUGCGCCGUUUCCCUCGACGAUCCAAUCGACGUUGACGCCGUCAAAUUGGAAAUAAGCAAUUCCAUAUUGGUUAAACAUCCCAGAUUCUCGAGCAUCAUGCUCAAAGACUCAUGUGGCCGUGAACGAUGGCGUAAAACUGAAGUCAACGUCGAUGAUCACAUCAUUAUUCGCCAUCAACCACUCACUGAUGAUCCUUUAAUUUCCGAUGAAGAUGCUAUUAACGAUUACUUAGCGGAUCUCUCUGUUUCAACUCCGCUUAGUUUAACGAAGCCUCUUUGGGAAUUUCAUCUUCUCUUAGCCCAUAAUUCGGCCGUUUUGAGACUUCAUCAUGCUCUUGGUGAUGGAAUUUCACUUAUGUCCAUGUUCAUGUCUUGUUGCCGGAGAGCCGAUGAUCCUAAUCAGCGCCCCACAACUCAAGGUGUAGGGACAUCGAGUUCAUCAAACAAUCGGAAUGUAUGGAGGUUGUUGAAGAAGUUGGUGAUGGUGAUAUGGUAUACGGUAGUGUAUGUUACAGAGUUUGGUUUGAGGAGUUUGUGGUUGAAGGAUAAGAAGACAGCCAUAAGCGGCGGAGCUGGAGUUGAGCUAUGGCCGCGGAAACUGGCGACGGCUAAGUUCAAGAUUGACGAUAUGAAGACGGUCAAAAAAGCCAUCGAUAAUGCGACCAUCAACGAUGUCCUCUUUGGAGUUAUAUCAUGUGGGCUCUCUAGGUACCUGGAUCUGCGUUCACCCAAAGCUCUGAAAGAAGGGCUUCAGAUGACUGGAGUUGCCAUGAUCAAUUUAAGAAAACAAUCUGGAUUACAGGACUUUUCAGAGUUGAUGAAAAGCAAAUCUGGAGCACGGUGGGGUAACAAAUUUGGGAUGUUACUGUUACCAGUUUAUUAUCACAAAGGAGGAAGUGAUCCAUUGCAGUUUGUAAAGAGAGCUAAAGCAAUGAUAGACAAGAAAAAGUUAUCACUAGAGGGUCCUUGCUCCUAUAAAAUUGGAGACUUCAUCAUGUCCAUUUUUGGUCCUAAGUUAGCUACCUUGCUCAACUGCAGAAUUGUUAGCAAUACAACAUUCACAAUUUCAAAUGUGAUCGGCCCUCCAGAGGAUAUCACCUUCGGAGGGAACCACAUAUCGUCUGUUAGAGUCACUUCUACUGCCCUCUCCCAUGCAAUCACAAUGCACAUGGUGAGCUAUGCAGGAAGAGCUGACAUGCAAAUAUUGGUGGCUAAAGAUAUCAUCCCAGAUCCCAAAGUUCUAGCCAAGUGUUUUCAGGAUGCCUUACUGGAAAUGAAGGAAGCUGCUCAAGCUGUUGCUAAAGAUUAAAGGAUUUAACUUGUACACAUCGACAGCGUAAAGAACUUUUUUUUUCUUCUUACACUAUCAUUGUAGUUUAAUGUGUUACACUAUAUUGUUUGCCUUAUUCAUCUUAUAAUGGGAAGUAAGGUAUAUAUAGUUAUCUUUUUAGGUAAAACUUAGUGAUUUACUCAUAAAAAUCAAUCAAUCAAGUGAGACAAAGGAAGGGGAUAUGUAAUUUAAUGGUACAGUUACUUGUAAAAAAGUUGAGACAGAAGUUCCUGACAUUCUCUUUGUUGCUAUUAUUGGACUGUAAAUUACUCCUAAUGAAUUGGCACAUUCAUUGAGGCCUCUUUAUGAGUA